AGCACAGCAAGUUCUCAAAGGUUCUCAGAUUACUUAUUACAAUAAAAAAAUAAUAAUAAAGCUAUUUCUUAUAUAUAAAGCUUAAUUUACUGAAUUCAAACUUCUACUAAAGCUCUCCUCCCUCAGGCGUCAUUUUGCAGCAUGAACGCGACUCUCAUUGGUUGGCAUGGAAACCAGUGGACAACAGGCAACAUGGCGGAAAAGAAACUUUCUUUUGAGCAAGCGUUUACCUUUAAUUUGCUUCCUACUAAACGAUUUACGUUUCAGCAAGAUCCUACGAUAUCAAGACUCUUGAUGAAAUGGUCCAUGUUGGGUCGAAUUACCGUCCAGGCCUUCAACUUUGACCAAUCUUUCCAAUCUUAUAGAAGCAAUGACUUUGUUUGGAACUUCUUUCAAGAUCCAUGUGUGAAGAGCAAUUUAAAGACACUUGAUACCUCUGGAUCAUGGACACUGCUGGGUAAAGACAUCACACAUGCAAAUGCUGAAGUUGUUCCAUGCACAGAAGUAUCAGUGGAUAUAUUUGAUCCACUUUACUCAAAUGGAGUUUUGCGUCCAUCUGGCCACAUUGUCAAAUGUUACCAUGAAAUAUACUCAGACUUUGAUGAGUUAAGGAGGCUUUUGCUUGAAGAAGAUUCUGACAAUUAUCAUGUAAUCAGUCUACAUGAUCGUCAGGAGUUUUUGUUCAGGCUAUUUAAGCAUAUGGUCUUAGGUGGUGAACUUUGCCAAUAUGAGGAUGCCAUCAGUCCCUACAUUGAGACAGCAAAAGUGAUGUACAAAGACUUGGUCAGUGUUCAGAAGGAUCCAGAUACAAAAGAGAUCCGUGUGGUCACAACAAUCUUGAAAGUUUCUGCUUAUGAUCACAGUGGAUUAUGCUACCCAUCUGCAACAGAAAAUGAGCAGACAUUUGCUUACCUCUGCAUUGAUCCAUUUAAAAGGCAUGUGUAUGUACUGUACCAUUCAUUUGGUAUAGGAGACUUUUAAUUGAUCAGUUACUCAAGUGAUAGUAGAAUUAAAUGAAUAGUUUGUCAAACUUCCAAAAAUAAGAACAUAAGCAUCUAUAAGAAUAUUUCUGUAAAUAAAUGUUGAAUGCUGUUUUAAGAGAUUGGCAUUUAUGUUUUUUAUACAUAUAUACAUACAUACAUACACGUGCAUACAUACACAACCUUGAUGACACCCACUUCUACCGGCCAGGCCCCCCGGGCCAAGAGGUUGAUCCACUGAGCCAGAACUUGCCAGGUGUCUCCAUGCACACAGGUGAUCAGGAUGUUUGUU